AUGGGGUUCUCCACAAAUGUGGCUACUCCUUACCAUCCACAUACUAACGGGCAAGUUGAGGUGUCCAAUAGAGAGAUCAAACAAAUUCUGGCGAAAACAGUGAAUGCUAAUAGAACUGAUUGGUCAAGGAGGCUUGAUGAUGAUGUUUGGGCCACCCGAACUGCAUAUAAGACUCCUAUUGGUAUGUAUCCAUACCAACUUGUAUAUGGGAAGGCUUGUCACUUUCCAAUCGAGUUAGAGAACAAAGCAAUGUGGGCAUUCAAGAAACUGAAGAUGGAUUGGACUGAAAAAGCAGACCAACGACUAAAUGGGUUGAAUGAGCUCGAUGAGUUUUGA